UUUUAUUAGUUGUUAAUGUAGAGCUUCAAGUUUGUUUCAAUGAAAAUUGCAUGUAAAACUGAUAGCUUGAGAUGUAAGUUAGAUUGUCGUUUAAAAUCGUCCUUCCCACAAAAAGAGGAAAAAGUCAAUAGCGCAUGAAACAUUUAUUAAUUGAAUUGCGUCGAGUUCUGUUCAUGCGAAUAGAGGUGACAUCGAUGCAGCGUUUUGUUUUAAUAAAGGACGUCCUUCUCGAAUGUGCUGAUGCCAACAAAACAGCCCUUUUUCCGGCACCGAAUGCCGUGCUAGCUCAAUCAAUGGCAGGUGAGGUUAUGGCCAAUGGGACUAAAGAAAAGUGGGAUCCUGCCUUGUCUCGUCUAUUAAAUUCUCUGCAAAAAGCAAACGAACUGCCUUCAUCUGAGGAAGAACUGGUAUUCCUUAGUGAUCUGUUAAAAUCAAAGGAAUUGCACGCAUUGGUGAACGUUCAUAAUAAAAUCAUCAGCAAUGGAUCGAGCGACAAAUUCUUUCCAAUGCUCUCGACAUCUAUGCACGUCAUGUUUGACGUCCUCGAAGUCCUGGCGGGUAAAACACAUAUAUCUGAAGAGUGCAAAGAGUUAUUUCAUCUGCUGCAAAAGCCACAUGUUCAGGGAGUACUGUGCGCACACGAUGCUGUAGCGCAAAAGGAUUACUACCCACAUCUUCCAGAAAUCCCAUUGGAAGUUGACGAAGAUGAAGAGACCAUAAAGAUCGUACAAUUAGUGAAGAGCAACGAGCCUCUGACUGGCGCUCAAAGUGCUGAGCCGAUAGUUGGUGCAACUAUUAAAACUGAUGAGACGUCGGGAAAAAUUGUGAUAGCAAGGGUCAUGCAUGGAGGAGCGGCUGAUAGGUCUGGUUUGAUUCACGUCGGGGAUGAAGUUGUUGAGGUGAAUAAUAUUAAUGUGGAGGGUAAGACGCCUAAUGAUGUUCUCAGUAUUUUGCAAAAUUCUGAAGGUACAAUCACCUUUAAGUUAGUGCCCACUGAUGGAAAAACUAAUCUGAGAGAGAGUAAAGUUAGGGUCAGGGCUCAUUUUAAUUACAACGCAACUACUGAUCCGUAUAUUCCUUGUAAAGAAGCUGGAUUAGAUUUCGUGAAAGGGGACGUGCUUCAUAUUGUAUCUCAAGAUGAUGCAUAUUGGUGGCAAGCUAGAAAAGAGGGCGAUAGGAAUAUGAGGGCAGGUUUGAUACCUAGUAGGGCUUUGCAGGAGCGCAGAAUUAUCCACGAACGGACGCAGAUGAUGAAGGAGGGAAACGAAGUGCCAGGGCUGUGCUCUGUUUCAGCAUUACCCGUGCUAUCCUGCAGCCAGUUCCCGAAAUCCCCUCGUUGCGCAUCCAAACCCAAAACUAAAAAGAUUAUGUAUGAAACAGCAGAGAACGACGAUUUUGAUAGGGAGCAGAUUCCCACGUACGAAGAAGUCGCCAAGCUCUAUCCGAGGCCGGGAAUCUAUCGACCCCUAGUUCUGAUCGGAGCUCCGGGCAUCGGUCGUAAUGAACUCCGUAGACGACUCAUCGACACCGAUCCCGACAAAUACAAAACCCCGAUACCCUAUACGAGUAGACCCAUCAAGCCCGGUGAGAUUAACGGGAAGGAAUACUAUUUCGUGUCCAGGGAGAAGAUGGACGAGGACAUCGCAGCUGGCAACUUCAUGGAAUACGGGGAGUAUAAGGGUAAUCUGUAUGGGACGUCUUGCGACAGUGUCAAAAAUUUAGUCAGUAACGGCUACGUUUGCAUAAUAAACCCGCAUUACCAAGCUCUAAAGAUGUUGCGGACGCCUCAGCUGAAGCCUUACAUAAUAUACAUUAGACCGCCGCCUCUCGACAUCUUAAGGGAUACAAGAAUCGCUGUUCAUGCAAGAUCCACUUUCGAUGUGAACAAUUCCAGAGGAUUUUCGGAAGAGGAAUUCAACGACAUGAUCAGAUCUUCAGCUAGAAUAGAAUUCCUAUACGAACAUCUCUUCGAUGAACAGAUCAUGAACGCCGAUUUGGCUAUAGCCUUCAGCCAACUGCUGUCCGCGGCAAAUCGCCUGGAAACAGAACCUCUUUGGGUACCAGCAUCUUGGGUGCAAUAAGUGCUUUUGCUUAAAGCGCCUAAAUACAAUGACUUUAAGCAAAUCUCCUUAUUGCAAACCAAAAACCAAAUGGCAAAUAAACAAGUAAAGCCUUCGAUGUCGCAAAAAUCAAUGUAAAUAAUAAUUAUUAUUGGCGCUUUUGUUAAGAUUACAUCUUUAUAUUUUUAUAUGAAUUCAUUUUUCGUUAUACUUAACCCGUGAAAUUAAUGGCAAUCAGUACUUAAAUUUCCUUUUCGUAUCUAGUGGACAUAUACAUUUGCUCUAAAAAAAACAAACUAAACUAUUAAUUAAACAAAGAGAUCUUACAAUUAUGAUAUUACAAAAUCUUAUACUAAUGUUAAAAAAAUAUAAAGUUGCAUAUUCUAGCUACUAAUGCUACUUGUUGA